GAGGUGAGCUGUGAUCCAGCGGCCGCACAAGCAGCAGCCCGAGGAGCUGUCAGCACUGGGAGUACCGUCCAUUGGCUGUGACACUGUGCGGCUGUCACCCCGCAACAAGUGUGGGAGCGGACCGUGCCGUAGCAGAGCGGACCGGAACGUAGCAGGGCACUCAUGUCCGCGCCGCCUGACAGGUGCUGAGCCACAGGUGAGCGCUGUCCCGUCCAUGGAGCAGCCCCAGCCGCUCGUGUGAGCCUCCUGCCAGGCAGCAGCGCCGCCGGGGGCCGCUCCGGAGAGUUGCCCUGAACUUGCUGCACUUCCAUGCGAGAGGCAGCCGCCCGCGGACCGUUCCAGAGCCAUGGCGAAAUGGCUGAACAAGUACUUCAGCCUGGGCAACAACAAUAACAACAAGACCAAGAGCCCCCCGCAGCCCCCCAGACCGGACUACAAGAGGAACGGGGGCACCGAGCGCCCCUUCCACCUGCAGCAGCAGUCCUUGCCCCAGUACCACCACCACACGUCCCCGCUGCCCGCCCGGGAGGAGAGCGACCUCAUCCGAGCCUACCGGGCGCAGAAGGAGCGCGACUUCGAGGACCCGUACAGCGGCCCCGGCUCGUCCCUCCGCAAGCUGCGGGCCAUGUGCGGGGAGGAGCAGGCGGACGGCAGGAGGGGCAGGUCGCCGGCUUGUGGCAGCAGCAGCCUCCUGCAGGAGCCGUGCCCCGGCUCCAGCACCAACACCACGUCCUCGUCCUCCUCCUCGUCCUCCUCCCCGCACCUGUACCGCAGCAACAGCGAGCGGAGGCCGACCGCAGCCCGCCCGCAGCAGCAGCAGCAGCAGGUCGGGGGCAGCGAGCUCAAGUACAUCGUGUCCCCCAAGCACCGGCUCAUCAAGAUAGACAGCUGCGGCUGGGGGGAGACCGCGGCCCCCGGCCCCACCGCCAUCUCCUGGAGCCCGGCAGUCAGCGGAGGCAUGGGCGAGGAGCCGGCCAAGAAGGACAAGGUUGUAAUCGCUGAUGACUACUCUGAUCCUUUCGAUGCCAAGAAUGAACAGAAGAACAAAGGAGUGAUAACUGAGAACAAUGGCUACAUGGAACCUUAUGAAGCCCAGCGGCUGAUGACUGAUAUUCAAAAACAGGAAAGUCAAAAGCAGCCCCAGAAAAGCAUCCAGUUGUAUGACACUCCAUAUGAGCCAGAGUGUAAUGGAGUGGAGUCCGAUUCUGAAAGCCUUGUCGGCCUGAGACUCCGAGAAAGCAAGUUGCCUCAGGAUGACGACCGACCCGCGGACGAGUACGACCAGCCAUGGGAAUGGAACAAAGCAUUGCCAGCCUUAGCAGCCCAGUUUAAUGAAAGUGAAAUACGACAGUCAUCGCCUUCUCCAUCAAGUGACAGGCGGAGACAGCUACGAGCCCCUGGAGGUGGCUUUAAACCUAUAAAACAUGGCAGUCCUGAUCUCUGUGGUAUCUUAGGAGAAAGAGUGGACCCGAAUCUUGCACUGGAAAAACAAUUUUGGUACCAUGGGGCCAUUAGCCGGACAGAUGCCGAAAACUUGCUGAGGUUGUGUAAAGAAUGCAGUUACCUUGUAAGGAACAGUCAGACAAGCAAGCACGACUAUUCUCUGUCUCUGAAGAGCAGCCAAGGAUUUAUGCACAUGAAACUGUCAAAAGCCAAAGAAAAAUAUAUAUUGGGUCAGAACAGUCCUCCUUUUGACAGCGUCCCUGAAGUCAUCCAUUUCUACACCACCAGGAAACUUCCUAUAAAAGGAGCUGAACAUUUAUCACUCCUCUACCCUGUAGCCGUGCGGACCCUUUAGAGUGCAGACGGCCAGAACCACCCCCUUCCUGUGGACAGGGGACUGUGAAGAAGCGCAAGUACAGCACAUCUGCACUACAAAUCAGCAGGGUACUGCAGAGGGACAAUUUAAGCACUGACAUUGUGAAUCGUCAAUUACAGGCACUCACAAUAUGUACGAUGUUGCACUACGGCUUUCAUAAAGGACACUGCUUUUGUUUUGAGAAGGGCCAGGGGGAAACUGCAAAACGUUUAGUAGGUUUUCAGUGGUGUAAAACACCUGUUCUUUUGCUAAAUAUUUGAUGCAAUGCUCAUCUGGGGGUAGAAGUGCAAGUCAAAAAAAAACAUACGGAAAGUUGAAAUAUAAACUAGUAUAUAUGCUCAGAAAGAUAGGGGAGUCUAUUGCUUCCCUCCUUCAUAGCAUGAAACUGGUUCUUUUAGGCUAUAGUGCCUGUUAUAGAAGUCAAAAUUGGGAGAGUUUUCCUUCAUUUGUUUGCCUUGUACUCUUUAUACCUCAUGGCAGUGAUGCUAUGGGUUUCUUGAACAUAACAUGUCAACAAUGGUCAACUAUUUCUAUUAAACUACAAAAGCUAAUCUGAAAUUAAACGUU